AUGAGUGCGAUGUCGUGUUCCGAAUACAGCAGCACAUCUACUACUACAGUAGUCCAUCAUCCGCGUCAUAGGUCGUCAUCAUCGUCAUCAUCACCAUCCACCACUUUGGUAUCUUCCUCAUCACCCACCACACUACCUGGUCACCAUGGUGGUCGCAUGCGUCGCACAAGCAAUACCCUUCCAUUGGGCUCGAAUGACAUGAAAAUGCAAUCCUCUCUUUCUCAACAGCUCUUGUUCAAGUUUCGGCAGAGCCGAUCGGAUAAUCUACAUCAUCAUCAUCAUCACCAUCAUCACUCAUUUACAAGCAGCAACAACAACAAUAACAUGUCGUCAUCGUCCUUACCCACGACCUCUUCACCAUCGCGUUCAUACUUUACUUGGCUCGUCUUUUUGGAAGAAAAAUGGGUCCCUUUUGAUGCUAUCAACCAGACAAAGUUGGAACAAACCUUGACGUUGGGUGGUACAUUUGUCGAUGUGACCGAUUCGCAUUUCCCAAACGUUAAACGUGUCCGUGUUUUUCCCAAAAACAAUUAUCUCUCAUAUCUCGGUGUCAAAUAUCGAUUGUCACGGAUCAUGCAACCCGAUGCUUGGCUCGAUCAUGAUGCGGAAAGAGAAGCAAGAGAAAGCACCAACAUCGUAAACAACAACACCUCUCAUUGA